AUGGUGCUGCUAUUGUCAGUGAUGGCGGUGCAAGAAAUGCUGCAACAGACGCCCAGACGGUUCGCACUUGAGAAAGUCGGUGUAAGUUAUAGCGGUGAGUCACCUCUUGCGGCUAGCUUCUGUUGCCUGGUCAUUUCGCUCUGUUGCCAGCGAAGAGUAAUCGAUAUUACUGUUACCAACAGAUUGAACUACCCUUUCUCCAUUUCUUCAUAUCUAUCUAUCAUUUAUCUAUCUAUCUAUCUAUCUAUUCAUUCUAUCCAUAUUGUUCCAUUCUGUUCUAUUAUCUAUCUAUUCUGUUUAAAUAUAUCUAUCUAUCUAUCUAUUAAUCUAUCUAUAUAUUUAAUUAUUUGUCUCCUCUUUGUUUGUUUGUUUAAAAAAAAUAUUUUUUUCAAUUUUCUUUUUUUCUUUUUUCUUUUUUUUUUUCUACGUCUUUUCUUUUUCUUUCUUUCUUUUUUUUUCUUUUCUUUUCUUUCUUGGAAAUUUUUCUCGUUUCAACCCCUUUUUACUUUUCUUUUAAUUAUGUUUCUUUCUUUCUUUCUUUUCUUUUUCUUUCUUUUCCAAUUUUAUAUUUUUCAUUUUCAUUUUGUUGAAUUUAAUUUGUUUUCUUUCUUUUUUUUUUUUUCUUUCUUUUUUUUUUCAAAAUUUCACUUGCCGAAACAAUUUUUAUUUCUUGCUUGCUUGCUAAAUUCAUUUCAUUCUUUCUUUAUUUCAGAAUUUCAUUCUUCUUUUCUGAUUUCUUUCUUUUCAUUCUUUUCUUUCAAAUUUUUUCUUUUUUUAAAAGACAUUUUAAUCAAGUUAGAAAAUGAUAAUUAUUUUCAGAGUUAUUUAUUCAUAUUUUAUUUCUGUCUCAUUCCUUAUAUUUGCAUCUCCUUCUUCUUCUUCCUUCGCCUCCUCCUUCUUCUCCUUCUUCUACUUCUUAUCAUCCUCCUCUUUCUUCUUCUCUUCCUCUUUCUUCUUCUGCUUUCUCCUCCUCCUCCUCCUACUUGCUAUUAUUCCUCCUCCCCUCCUCCUCCUUCUUUCUUCUACUUCCUUUUCCUCCUUCUUCUUCUUCUUUCUCCUCUUUCUUCCUCCUCUUCCUCCUCAUUCUUCAUGUUCUUCGUCUUGUUCUUCUUAUUCCUCCUCCUCUUCCUUCUUUUUCUUCUUCUUGUUCUUCUUAAUUCCCUUCUUCUUCCUCCUCCUUCUUGUUCUUAUUCCUCCUCCUUCUUCCUUUUCCUCCUCCUCCUCCUUCUUGUUCUUAUUCCUCCUUCUUCUUCCUUCUCCUCCUCCCCUCCUUCUUCUUCCUUCUCCUCCUUUUUCAUCCUCCUCCUCCUUUUUCUUCUUCUUCUUCCUCCUCCUCCUUCAAUGCUGGUCGUUGUCAACCGUCAAAUUUUCCUCAUGUUCCUAUGA